CGCUAAUUCCCGUCUAUCGGGUCUUUCGCCAAAACGCCGAGAGAGUCGGGUCCAAAAAAAGCCAACGAGGCCGGCAAGAACGCCGCGCCGCCGGACUCCGUCCCCCAGAAUGGCUUCGGGAGACCUUUACGAGGUGGAGCGGAUUGUGGACAAGAGGCGGAACAAAAAGGGUAAGUGGGAGUACCUGAUUAGGUGGAAAGGCUACGGAAGCAAGGAGGACACGUGGGAGCCAGAGCACCACCUGAUGCACUGUGAGGAGUUCAUCGACCAGUUCAACAGCUUGAGGCUGCAUUCACACAAACGGCCCAGAAUUCCAAAACCCUGCGGAGACGCGCUCGGCGCCGGGCACCCUCCGGCCACGGACGUGUCCCGAGCCCGGCCCGAGGCCCGGAAGAAGAAAAGGACUUGCGGGCCAGCCGUGGGGGUCAGAGUGGGAACUGUGCUGCCGAUGGGAGGCAGGGACGCAGCAGCCGCCCAGAAGCAGAAGAAGGCGGGCGCGGGAGCCGGGAAACACGGCUUAGGGGACAGAAUGAGCAAAGCCAUGACCUACAAGGCUCCUCCACCGGGGGGGCCUCACUUCGUCCAUCCUGUGAGGGACCCUCAUAAUGGCCUUCAGAACGGAGAGACGGAGCCCCUCAUGUACAGGACAGAAGCCAGGUCUCACAGACUUCCAUCAGACGGUGCAGACGGAGACCUCAGAGAGACGCGGACCACUGGGCCUCCAUUCAACACCGAACUAGGCGCUCCUCUGGCCAACGGGAAGCUGCAGCUGCACAGCUCGGCCAAGCGGAAGCUGGCCGAGGACAAGGGCUACGUGUUUGACAAGCGGCUCAGGUACAACGUGCGGCAGAGCGACAGCAACUGCCGCUUCCGAGACAUCGUGGUGAGGAAGGAGGAGGGCUUCACGCACGUCCUGCUCUCCAGCCAGACCACGGACAACAACGCGCUGACGCCGGAGAUCAUGAAGGAGGUGUGUCGGGCUCUGGGUAAUGCAGCGGCUGACGACAGCAAGCUCCUGCUGCUCAGCUCCGUUGGGACGGUGUUCUGCAGCGGCCUGGAGCCGUCCUACCUGAUAGGACGUCUGUCCACGGACCGCAGGAAAGAGAGCAGCCGCAUCGCAGACGCCGUCCAAGAGUUCGUGUUGGCCUUCAUCCACUUCAAGAAGCCCAUCGUGGUGGCCAUAAACGGACCGGCCCUGGGCUUGGGAGCCUCCAUCCUGCCCCUGUGCGAUGUGGUCUGGGCCAGCGAGAGAGCCUGGUUCCAAACUCCUUGCGCAGCCCUUCACCUCACGCCCUCUGGAUGCUCCUCCUAUACCUUCCCCCAGAUCCUGGGUGUAGCUCUGGCCAAUGAGAUGCUGUUCUGUGGAAGGAAACUCACGGCGCAGGAGGCUUGCAGCCGAGGUCUGGUGUCGCAGGUCUUCUGGCCAACCACGUUUAACCAAGAGGUGAUGCUGCGCGUGAAGGAGAUGGCGUCCUGCAACGCCGUGGUUUUAGAAGAGUCCAAAUGUUUGGUGAGGAGCAUCCUCAUGUCGGUCCUGGAGGAGGUGAAUGAGAAAGAAUGCCAGAUGCUGAAGCAGCUGUGGUGCUCAACCAAAGGACUGGAGGCACUUUUCAGUUAUCUGCAGAACAAGGCGUAUGAGAAGUGAAUGGAGCCGGAGGCGUCGGCGUGGGUGCGAGGGAGCCCACAGAAACGUGACGGGGACGAGGCUGCCGCUCAAACCGAAGGACACGCUGCGUGAAUGUCUACCAUCAAAACAGAUCCUUUCAUUACGUAGCGUUUUAUUGGACCUACAGAUGGGUCCAGAUGUUUCUUCCCUAUUUAAUAAGGAGUCAAUGAGCAAAGGGCCAAAUGUGCAAGAGUUUUGUACCUGAUGUCGGUGUGUUAGCACAUGAUGGAGCAAUUAUAAUAUAUAUAUCAAUAUAUAUUUAUUUCAGAUUUGUAAAAGUGUUCUUUUCUCUAUAUAACGUGCAGUUUUUAGGAUUUUAUUGUCUUCAGCAGUUUUCAAUUGUAAACCAAAGUUUGCAUGAGGACACGUUCUUGCUCCUUCCAUGGACAUCACAACCUCUCUGUCAGAUUUACGAUCAUGAAGCAGACUCACUCAGAUGAUAAUAAAUAAGUAAUGAUAUGAAAAAAAAUAUAUUUAUUUUUCUAGCUGGCCCCGUGUUUCGGUCGUGCAAUGCUGGACCAGCUCCAUGCCGUCUCCUGCCUCAAGUGGAGGAGUUCAAGCAUCGUGCUAAAGAAUUUACCAUCCAUUUACCAGUCGGUCUACGUUCCCAGGUCUGCCCUCUUUGCUUAGACUGCUGCCUCAUAUGCAGUGGCAAAUGGAUAAUGGGUGGAUAAUAACAAAAUGUUGCUUUCAUUCAUCUUACAACUCACUGUAAAAUUAAUUUUCAUCAUCAGUACUUUGCUUCUGUUUCAAAUAUCAAGACUGAGUCUUGUGAUAAUACAGAAUUAAUUUUGUCUUUACACUGUCGGCAUCCAUUCCUCUUCAUUUUCAUCUGCAACAAAACAACUAUGGCAAGAAUGUAAUGAUAGUCUGGUGGAGGUCAGGGUUUUGCUUCCAAGGGCAACUUGUUAGAAAAGAAAGGCUCCUAUAAGAGGUUUUGCAAACCAGAAAAAUAAAUAGAAAUGGAAAACACUGGAAGUUUGAUAAACAAAGGCAUUACUGGAUUAUUAGCUGUACAUACUUUAUCACAUGAAGAGACUUCCACUGGAUUGUACCUAUUUUUUGAACUACAUCUUGUAGCUUUACAUGUAGUUUUAACAGUGUGAAAUGACUGACUGUUUCUUCGAAGUCGGUCGUGUUCAUUAUCUGACUGAACGUUAUCAGCUCAGUGCACAGGUGAGAUGCUUCAUGCUGAAGGAACUUUAUUUUUAUCAUUAUUAUUUCCAAUGACCCAUAAUGUGGAGAUGCAACAGUUGUGUAUCUGGAGUUGACGCUUCCUCAUCUGCAUGUGGUGAUUAGAGGUUUUUGAAAAUGUUCUAUAUUUUAAUGUCUGUGAUAAGGAUCUAUUUUGUUUCACCAAAAAAACGAAACAUGUCUGUGAAAACUGUGAAUCUCAGUAGAUGUUCGUCUGUUUCCUGCAGUUGUUCACAUGCAGUACAGAGUGACGCUUUGUGUAGCGAAGUGCAUGUAAAAUACUGUACAUAUGAAUGUGCUGCCUGUGCGAGUACCUUGUCUUCAGGGUAUGUUUUGUACCAGCAGUGUAGGUGUUCUACAAGCAUAUUUAAUUGAGAUAACUGUCGUGGAUGUGAAGUGCCAUGUGGUUUCCUCGACCCCCACAAUCACCCUUUCUAGAUGAUCCUGUAAACUUUGAUGAACUGAAGUGGUCAGAGUGGAGGAUCAUUUUGUAUGAGUAUAAUUUCAAAAACCAAAAUGUGUGAACACUCUAAAUGUUUACCUUUCCAUCUGACAGAGGAUUUUGUUGUAAAUGACAGAGGCCUGCGACAUAAAUUAAUAUAUGACGUUGUGUUCAGCUGGGCCUUGUACGUUUGAAGAGCUUGUGUCAUUUGCAGCCACUGCUGCUGGAUCACAGGGAAUCAUUUAUGGUCUGGUGACACCGUCUUGAAUUAGGACAAAACCAGUGGCAUAAAUCAGUGUAAGGUUACGAAGAGUUCAACCCUUGCUGUCGCCUGGUUUUGCCACCUACUAACUAAACCUGGCAGAUACAUAAUCAUCUGCAGAACAGUGAGUCAGUGCACACAGUUGGUCAUGUACUCGCAGGCAGUCUGGCAGGUUUGUGACCAAAAACUCCCAUUAGGCUUAAACCUUCCGUUGUCUUGUGUUCGUAGCUCCAGGUCUGCUGUUGAAUUCCAGUUAAUAUCUGCAGCUCUCGCUUGCUAUUGUAUGUUCUGCGUCACUGAAUGCAAGUCACUCAGGUUCACUGAGCGCUAAUCACAUCGAUGCUCACAACAGAGGUGUUUAUGUAUUUAUUUAUUUAUUUGAAUAACAUUAUAUUAUUUUUCCAGCAUGUCUCCUGUGAUAGAAAAUGCCUUUAGUUAAAUUUUUGGUUUCUGACCCAAAUUCCCACCUCAGCUUUGUGUCGUUAAGAUGUAAGAUGUAAAUUGGUAUAAAGAACUACUGAUGUUAUUUAUUACAACUGACUGCAGCUUUGAGUGUUGUUUCAUAACCAUCACAUUACGUGUCUCAUGUAUCUGUAUUUUAUCAUGGUUUCUUCUUUACAUGAUCUCAAAGCACACCUUAGGGUGCCUUACUGUUAAAGGUUGAUCCAUACAUUGUGAUGGGUAGAUUUACUUCAAAUAAAGAAACACAACUUUCA